CCAACCCUGCUACAUCUCAUAUCAAGGUAGCCAAUAUUUAUUGGACAUCUGCGAGUAAAUAAAUCCAUUUUGAAUGCUUUCUGCUUCUAUGAAUAUUAUAUUUUUACAUUCGCAAGUAUUUAUGUCAGAAGAGUAUGGAGUCGUUUGAAUCAGCUACAGGGCUAGUUAAACCUAGCAAUCAUUCUGAGCCAUUGAGGUUUUAUGACUUCGUAGUAAAUUUGUUAGAGCCUUUGCAAAAGAUAGGAAAAACUAGAAAGUCAAAAGGCUCAGGAAUCGACCCUUACGAACAAAAACGAAAAAUCAUUUCUAGUUAUUUCACCAAAUGGAGACAACAAGUAGGACAAGAUCUAUAUCCUUUACUACGCUUAAUGCUGCCUGAUUUGGACAGAGAAAGAGGUUCAUUUGGAUUCAAAGAGUUUGGUUUGGGAAAACUUUUCAUAAGGGCUAUGCAUUUGAGCGCAAACUCCGAAGAUGCCAAAGCACUUAGAAACUGGCGAAGUUCUGAUUCCCGACACGUUGGGAAUUUUACUGCGAUGCUUCAAGAUGUUUUAGAGAGACGGGCUUAUCGGACCUUUCCCAGCUCCUUCACUAUUGGCGAUAUCAAUAAUUUAUUAGACCACUUAGCAGAAGCUACUUCAGAAGAAGAAAGGGGAUCUGUUCUAGAAAAAUUCUAUAAUUCCUUAAGCCCGCUUGAAAUGCGAUGGUUAAUUGUUAUACUUCUUAAGGUCAGAAAAUACGGAACCUCGGAAAAGUUUAUAUUAAGCGUUUUUCACCCAGAUGCAGCUCGAUUGUAUCGUCUCUGCAGUUCUCUAAAGCGUAUUGCUUGGGAGCUGUAUGAUCCUAGUAGAAGUCUUAGUGAAUUGGAUACCGAUGUUGAGGUUUUUAGCUGUUUUCAGCCACAAUUGGCCAAUUUUAAGAAAUCGACCCUUGAUUUUGUGCUAGAGGCCAUGCACAGUGAACAUUUUUGGAUUGAAGAAAAGAUGGAUGGGGAGCGCAUACAGCUACAUAUGAGCAUGGGAAAGUUUCAAUUCUACAGUCGAAAUGCAAGGACAUAUACGGAUGUCUAUGGCUCCUCAUACCAUGAUGAAAACUCAAAGCUUACUCAAUAUAUCAUUGGAGCUUUUGAUGAUCGGGUCUCGCAAGUUGUUUUGGAUGGCGAGAUGGUUACCUGGGAUCCAAUAUUAGAAACUAUCAUUCCUUAUGGUAGCUUAAGGAGCACAUUUGAUUCUUCAUCAACUCAUCCUACAUAUUACCCUUAUUACAUCGUGUUUGAUAUACUAUACCUGAAUGGAAAGUCGUUAAUCAGACACUCCCUUGAAGCAAGACAUAAGAUUCUGAAGAAAGUGAUCGUUCGUGAAUCUCGAAGAAUGUGUAUACUUUCUCAUAAAACUGGACAAACUGUUAGUGAUAUAGAUCGAGAACUACGACAAACAAUUCAAGAGGGAUCAGAGGGUCUGGUAAUAAAGAAACCUUCUGGAACUUAUCGACUGGGAGAACGAAUGGAUGAUUGGAUCAAAGUAAAACCAUACUAUUUGGAAGGAUUUGGAGAGGAUCUGGAUUGUCUUAUUCUAGGUGGUUAUUUUGGACGUGGUAAGCAAUCCAAACAGGCUUCCUCUUUUUUGUGUGGUCUUCGAGUUGAUCAUGCUCCAGGAGAAGAGCCAUAUCAAAGGUUUCAAUCAUUCGUUCGCGUUGGAGGUGGGUUUACUUACUUCGAUCGUGAUAUUAUCCGAAAGGAGACUGAAGGAAAAUGGCAGCUAUGGUCUUCAGAAGCAUUAGAGUAUUUUGAAUUAGCUGGUAGCAGACAAGAGUUUGAGAAACCCGAUGUUUGGAUUCAUCCUAGAGAUUCACUUGUACUUCAAAUUAAAGCUGCCGAAGUUGUCGUUUCUAAUCGAUUUAAGACUACGUAUACGUUGCGAUUUCCCCGACUGGAGAAAAUUCGGUUGGAUCGAAGCUGGAAAGAUGCUCUGUCUAUAAAUGAGUUUUUUGAACUGAAAAGUUACGCUGAAAAUCAAGAAAAAGAUGUCUAUCAUGUUGAAAAAAAAAGAAAAGUCAGUCGGAAAAGACAGCCGGAAAAAAAGUUUCUACAUCAAAUUAAUAGUCCGCUAAAGCAGUCCACUCCAUUGUCUAGCAUAUUUCAGGGGCUACAUUUUGUCGUCCUUCCUCCGUCAAAGCUUGAGAAAUCAAAGCAGGAAUUGGAAAGCAUAAUUGCUUCCAAUGGUGGCACAAUCCAUCAAGCAGUUACUUCCGUUCCGGAAGGGAAAAUGGUAUUAGUAGCGGAUAAGAAAUCAACAAGAGUACUUGUGGAAGAGAAAAAAGGAAUGUGCUCCAUAUUUCGGCCUGAAUGGAUUAUGGACAGCAUAAUUAAAGGAAAGAAGGUUGCUGAACGACCAUACCUGCUAUUUCAAAAAGAGAAAAAGUAUUCUUGGGAGAAAGAUUUAGGAAGCUUAACCAAUUCUAGUCUUUCUGAAUUACUGACUAAACUGGGACGAUUAGAUUUAAAUAUUUAUAUCCCAGAGAAUACUAGAAAAAAUCUAUUUAGUUCGAAGCACCUUUUAGCAAGGGAGACAUCGUUUCCUGGAGCAUUCCCUCUGUCUCAUAUUUCUGCUUACUUAGACGACAGUGGGUUUGAAAUUUCAAAAGACAGCAGUCUUAAAAGAUCACAGUAUCGACUGGCGGAAACUAUUCUGACGUGGAACGGCGCUUCUGUGCAAAAUACUUUUUUCUCCAAACAACUAACUCAUAUAAUUAUGUUUAGCAGCGAUCAGGAUCGCGUCGCAUACUUACGACGAGCAUGUGAAUUUCAUCAAAUCAAUCCUGAAAUUGUGAAUUAUCAAUGGCUUCUACGACUAUGGAAGGAAGUAAAAGUCAGCAAUGAUUUGGAAAGUCAAUGAUUAAUAUUCAUUUAUUUUUUUAUUUAUAAACUUAUUUAUUUUUUAUAACUCUGAACGUUUUAAUGAUAUUUAAGACUCGACUCACAUUUACCUGCACUUUUGCCAUAUAGCCUACAUUUUAACAUAUACCAAGC